AUGGGGAAAUUAAAUGGCCGUUUAGCAUGGAGCAGACGUCUGACGCUUUUGUACAUACGUAUCCGUAUGACAGAGACAUGUGGCCCAGUAACAACAAGACUGUUAGAUGUCACUAGCAGACAAAAGAAAAAUGGAAUAAAGGGAGAGGAGCACCCUCCUCUCAAACCAAGCUUACUCAACUACUGUAAAUCCUAUCUUUUGGAUCUCAGAUCAUCAGACUUGAAUCCACAUUCGCUGAUAUACCCAUAUAUAAUCCAAGUAUUUAAAGGGGGAGGUCUCUCUCUUAUGUGGAAAGAUGAUGUCAAGCUAGCCAUUACAGGUUAUUGCUCUAAUUUUAUUGAUUCUACAAUUGGGGAUGGUUCUGAUUGUUGGAGGUUUACUGGGUUCUAUGGUUGCCCUGAGUCGGGUCGUCGCCGAAUUUCGUGGAAUUUGUUGAGGGCUUUGGCUGAUAGGAGUCAGCUUCCUUGGUUAUGUAGUGGUGACUAUAAUGAUAUUGCUGAUCCGUUGGAAAAAGCUGUGGGGUCUUUUUUGUCUUAUACAUAUAGAGAGGGUACUGAUCAGUGUUCGAAGGAGAGGUUGGAUCGUGCUUGUUCUAAUGCAACCUGGGAUGCUCGUUUUCCUGAUGCGAUUUCGUCUAAUUUAGUUGCUCCAGUUUUUUAUCAUACUCCUUUAUUAAUUGAAACUGUUGGAACUCAAGUUAGGGAGGCUAAUCGACGAUUUCGUUUUGACAAUUCAUGGCUUGAGGAUGAUGAGUUAGGGGAAGUGGUUUUGACGUCUUGGCAACAAGGUUUGGGGUUGGAUUUUAUUCAAUGUAAAGACCAGCUUGUGAAGCGUAUUCAGUAUUGGGGGAAGAAUAGAAACCGCAUGCGUUGGCUUCAAAAAGAACGAAUUAAGAAGAGAUUGGGGGAGUGUUCUGAAUCGCUUGAUACAAGGGCAGUGCGGCAACUGAAGGAUGUCUGUAAUCAAAUUUUGGCAGAGGAGGAUAUUAGACUACGCCAACAAGCAAAACAGUUCUGGUUUAGACAUGGGGAUAGGAACUCAAAAUAUUUCCAUAAUAGUAUCAAAGCUCGUCGCAAAUGUAAUCGAAUUCAGCAAAUUGUGACAUCGGAUGGUUCAUUAUCUUCAGAUGUGGGUACUAUUCAGGAUGCAUUUUUGCAAUAUUUUUCGGGUUUAUUUUUCAAUUCACCUACUGAUUUUGCGGAGCUUCUCCCUCUGGUUCAGCCUAGAAUUGGGGCCGAAGAUAAUGUUGAGUUAUUGGCAGAUUUUACAGAUGAAGAAUUUCGUUCAGCGCUCUUUCAGAUGGACUCGAAUAAAGCUCCUGGCUUGGAUGGUACUAUCCCUUCUGAAAUCUCCAGUGCUUUAAUUGUUUUUAUUCUGAAAUGUGUGAAUCCUGUUGAUGUGAAGGAUUUUAGGCCUAUUGCUCUCUGUAAUGUGAUUUAUAAGAUCUUGUCUAAGGCCUUAGCCAAUAGAUUGAAGAGGGUCCUGUAUAAAAUUAUUUCGCCAAAUCAGUCUGCUUUCAUUCCUGGGAGACUAAUUACGGAUAAUUUUAUUGUUGCUUUUGAGACCAUGCAUGGUUUGAAAUUACAAAAUAGGGGUAGUGUGGGGUCGUGUGCUCUGAAAAUUGAUAUUGCUAAGGCCUAUGAUAGAGUUGAAUGGUCAUAUUUGUUUGUGAUGUUAUCUGCAUUGGGCUUUUCUGAUACUUGGGUUGGUUGGAUGCGUAUGUGUUUUUCAAACAUGAGCUACUAUAUUGUUGUUAACGGAGCAGAGAUUGGUCCUGUGGUUCCAAGUCGAGGUCUCCGGCAGGGGGAUCCCAUUUCUCCCUAUUUAUUCUUAAUUGUUGCUGAAGGACUGUCUUUGUUGAUUCAGGAUAGUGAAAAUAGGGGCCUUUUGCAUGGGUGUUGCGCGAAAGUUGGUUGCCCCCCGGUUUCUCACCUUUUCUUUGCAGAUGAUUCUUUACUAUUUUUUGAUGGUACAGUGGAGGAAGCUAUACGGAUUAAGCAAAUUCUUGGUGUUUAUGAGAAGGCUUCAGGUCAGGCUGUAAAUUUUGAUAAAUCUGGUAUCAUGUUUAGUCCGUGUGUGUCUGAGGAAAACCGGUUGACCAUCUAUGGUAUACUUGAUGUUCAUCUUCCUUUGGGUAGCGGUAAUUAUUUGGGGUUACCAUCUCUUAUUGGCCGUAGUAAAAAGAAAAUUUUCUCUUUCUUGAGGGAUCGCAUUUGGAAACGUAUUAGUAGUUGGAGUAAUCGUUUUCUUUGUCGUGCAGGCAGAGAAGUAUUAAUUAAAUCUGUAUCACAGGAAAUUUCAACAUAUUGCAUGAAUGUUUUUUUAUUACCUGUUUCCACUUGCCGUCAGCUACAGGUCAUGAUGAAUAAAUUUUGGUGGGGUGGUUGUCAUGAGGAUGGGAGAGGGAUGAAUUGGCUCUCGUGGGAUCGAAUGUGUGGGCGUAAAUCGGAAGGUGGGAUGGGCUUUCGGGAUUUGGCUAGUUUUAAUACUGCCUUAUUGGGAAAGCAAGCUCAGUUAGGUUCUAACUAUAGCUUCGUUUGGAAGAGUAUUUUGUCUUCUCAACAAGUGUUGCAACGUGGGGUAAGGUGGCGAAUUGGUGAUGGUAAGCAGGUUUUUGUUGUUAAUUGCCCUUGGAUUCCUCGGGAUAUUGGUUUUAUGCCUUUAGAUGAGUCGAUGUUUGUUCCUGAAGCCAUGAGAGUAUGUGAUUUGUUUGUUGAAGGUGAGCUGCGUUGGGAUGUAGAGAAGCUAAUGAAUAUUUUUAGUGUUGCUGAUAUGAGAGCUAUUCUUACUAUUCCAUUUCCUCUAUUCCCAAAACCGGAUAAAUUAAUCUGGCACUUGCAUAAGAAGGGUGUGUACUCAGUUAAAUCUGCCUAUUUUUGUGCCUUAGAAUUGUCGGAAAGGACUGGUGUGCUGGGUUAUAAUGAUGGGAGGAACCGUCUUUGGUCUCUUGAUGUUCCUCCCAAAGUUCGUGAUUUUCUUUGGCGUGCUUGUCAUGGAGUGCUUCCUACUCGGGAUAUUCUUUUGAGGCGUGGGAUACAUGUACCUGCUGCAUGUCUUUUUUGUGAUCAUGAUGAAUCUAUUUCACAUGUUUUUUUGCAUUGUCCAAUGGCUGUUGAGUUAUGGAGACUUGCUGGUUUUUCUACUGCUGUUGCUUUUCCUAUAUUCAUGGAUUUCUUUAUUCAUAUUUAUAAUACUUUUGGCAGAGAAAGGACAGCACGUAUGGCUAUACAUGCAUGGAAGUUAUGGCAUGCCAGGAAUGAAAGAUUGUGGGUCAAUAAAGUUUUGUCACCUAGUGAGGUUCAUCAUGCUGCUAGUUCCUAUUUUACUGAUUAUGUGGCUUCACUUGUGGCUCGGCCAAGGACGUUAUCCCACCUAUCUGUUCCUCGUGUGCUCCCUUUGGUUGAGGCUACCACUCUUGAAGUUGAUUGGAUUGCAUUCAUUGAUUGUGCAGUCUUUGCUAGUGCUGAUUUGUUCGGUUUUGCAGCAGUAUUUGAGGACUUGCAAGGCUUCUUUUCCAUUGCAAUUUCGGGUUUCUAUGAGGGGGGUGGGCAACCUGUUAUUGCUGAAACUUUGGCCUUGCGUCAAUGUUUAUCUUAUGCUAGAGAUUAUUUUCUUCAGGCUGGUUGUAUUUUUACGGAUAACCAAUCCUUAGCCUUGGCUAUUCGCUCUCCUCUGGAUGACUUUUCGGAGUUUGGAUUAGUUGUUUCUAAUUGCAAGGAUACUAUGCGGUCUCAUGGUAACAUUCAUGUUCGUUGGGUACGGCGUUCAGAAAAUAGAGCCGCCCAUUUAUUAGCUAGAGAGUCUAUUCAUCAUGGUAGAUUUAAGAUUUGGAUUGACAUUCCUGAUUGUCUCUUGGAUUAUUAUUCUACAAGAUAA